AUGGCAGUCGAUCUGUCAAAAAUAGCGAACAAUAUGGUUCGUUCUGUCGCCAGUGGAGAGCAACUGUGUCGACUGUGGGCGGUCCAGCUGAGUGAGAUCAAACCACAGUUAGACGAAAAUAACAUUGCUCUAAUUGGCAUUGGCCUGGGUGAUGUUAGCUUGGAUGAGUUUGUGAAAGAAGAGUACUUUAAAGGAGACUUAUAUGUUGAUGUGGAGAAAAAUAACUACAAAGCUUUGGAGUUUAAACGGUACAAUGUUUUGUCCAUCAUACCAAGUUUGGCUACCAAAGAAACGAGAAAUGCAGCAUCAAAGGCCAAUCUAAAAAAGAUUACAGGCAAUUUUAAAGGAGAUGGCCUGCAGACAGGCGGUUUAAUCAUAGUCGCAGCGGGCGGUGAGAAAGUUCUGCUUAGUUUUAAGCAGAAAUCACCUGGUGAUCAUGUGGAAAAUGACGCUAUUUUGAACGCCCUUGGGAUUACGUCAUCGGGGGCGGAAGCCGUAGGAGGAGCAGAUGGUGCAACAAAAGCAGAAUCGAAAGAGGAUGAUGCAACAGCAGGAGACGAGGGAGCGGUGGGACCUAAGGCGGAGAAGGGUGAGACGACAGCAGCAGCUGAAGCAGAAAAUAAUGAAGGGGAGAAGAAAGAACCCGUUGAAGAGUGUAGCAUGGAACCAACGGGAGAAGGUUGCUGAGGAUAGCUGAGAUCAACUGGCGUUUGUUGAAAGAUUUCGCGUGCUAGUUGGUCUCUUCAUGUUGAAAAUUUAUAAUUAGAAAUUGAUUUGGUUUCGACUUUUACCCGGUAUAAUCUAAUGACGCAGUUGUGUUCAAAGCUUGCAGGCAUAACUGUUGAUGAAUUUUGUAAUUAUGCCACCGCAUUUAAGUCACUUUAGUUAAUUUUCUGUAAGAAUUAGAAUGAUAUUGAUACGUACGGAACGACACACGGUAGAUUUUGUCGAUAUUCUCUGACCUAUUUUAUGAUGCAAUUGAAUGCAAAGUUUACUUUUAUAAACGGAUUUAAUUGUUGAUGAACUCAGUUCAUAUUGUCGGACGAAGAACGGCAGAUUUGUAGCAUUAGUUUCUAUAUACAAAAUUAAAAAAAGCAAAAAACUUUUU